CGACACAUGAUAAGAAGAAGAAGGCGUGUGAGUCCGAGUAUAGCCCCCGCGGUGAUCCCGUCACAGAACCCGUGACCCUUUAUCUGGGAGGCGAUAGCGCAGUCGACCAGCUCGCGUCCUAGAGAUGUGGCAGCUGUGUAUGGUGCUAGCGGCGGCGGCGGCGGCGGCUGCGCAGGACUGCGCCCUGCGGCCCGGCGACUCCGCGGCGCCCAAGUCUCCAGGGGACAACUUCUACCGGCUCAUCCUCAAUGGGGACCUGGAGCGGUACGCGCCGGGGCAGAGAUAUGUUGUGACGCUGGUGGGCGCGCGCACCCACAGCGUGGUGCAGCAGUUCACGCGUUUCAAGCUGAUAGUGGACCCGCUGGACCCGGCGGCGCCGCGGCUGCCCAGCAAGCAGGGGCAGUUCCAGCUGUUCGCUGACACUCUCACCAAGUUCGAUGAGGAUUGUACCAAUGCUGUGGUCGAAGCCGAUGACCUGCCGAAGACUGAGGUGGCAGUCAUGUGGAAAGCGCCACCGGCUGGCUCCGGAUGCGUGCUGCUUAAGGCCAUGGUGUACGAGAAUGGGAGGCGCUGGUUUGCUGAAGACGGUCAGCUCACGAGGAGAGUCUGUGAGGACACCUCCGUCUCCAUGCCUGACUGCUGCGCCUGUGACGACGCCAAGUACAAGAUGGUAUUCGAGGGUCUGUGGUCGCCGCAGACGCACCCCAAGGACUUCCCGAAGCAGGCGCUGUGGCUCACGCACUUCUCCGACGUCAUCGGCGCCACGCACCCCAAGAACUUCACCUUCUGGGGCGAGGGCGUCAUCGCUACUGAUGGCUUCAGAUCCCUGGCCGAGUGGGGUUCAGUGGGCGCUGUAGAAGCGGAGCUGCGGCAGCAGGGCGGCCUGCUGCGGUCCAUCGUGAAGGCGCAGGGGCUCUGGCACCCGCGCGUCAACUCAAACACCUCGGCCGUGUUCACUGUCGACAGGAAGAGACCUUAUCUGUCUCUGGCUUCUAUGUUUGGUCCAUCUCCCGACUGGGUGGUGGGUGUCAGUGGCCUGGACCUCUGCCUGAAGGAUUGCUCGUGGGUGGAGUCGAAGGUCAUCGAUCUCUUCCCUUACGACGCUGGAACUGAUAGCGGCCUGUCUUACAUGUCAGCAAACUCAGAAACAGUACCUCGCGAGCGCAUGUACCGCAUAACGCCGAUGUACCCCGAAGACCCCCGCGCCCCGUUCUACAACCCACAAGCCACGGAGAUCCCGCCCAUGGCGCGCCUGUACCUGACCAGGGAGAAGCUGAUCUCGCGCUCCUGUGAUGAGGAGGUGCUGCAGAUGAUGGUGGCCGAGGAGCAGGAGAACACGCAGACCGCAGACCGACCGGAGUGUGCGGUGAGCGCGUGGGGCGCGUGGUCGGCGUGCUCGGUGUCGUGCGGCAAGGGGCUGCGCAUGCGCACGCGCCAGUACCGCCUGCCGCAGAAGGCGCUCAUGUUCGCGUGCGACCGCCAGCUCGUGUCCAAGGAGAUGUGCGUCGCCGCCGUGCCCGAGUGCGAAGGUGACUCAGCCGCCGCGGCCGCGCUGGAGUCGCCCCCCGUGGAGGACCUGUCCGGCGUGUGCGCCACCAGCGCCUGGGGCCCGUGGAGCGAGUGCUCCGUGACCUGCGGCAUCGGCUUCAACACGAGGAGGCGCAGCUUCCUCAACCACAUGGGGCUGAAGAAGUGCCCGCUUGUUCCUACUGAGGAGAACCGCAAGUGCAUGGAGCCCGAGUGCGUGGAGAAGGAGUCGGACAUCUCGGACCCGUCGUGCCCCACCACGGAGUGGGCCGCCUGGUCGCCCUGCUCGGCCUCUUGCGGACGCGGCGUCAGGCUCCGCACCCGUCUGCUGCUGGUGCCGCCGGAGCGCCAGCAGGAGUGCUCCUCCAAGGUGGAGCUGCUGCAGCAGCGGCCCUGCUCCGAGCGCGAGGACUGCUCCAUCGACAUGGCCACCGCUAAACAGAUCUGCAUGGAGGCGCCUGCGCAGGGCCCGUGCCGCGGGCUGUACCGGCGCUGGGCGUUCGCGGCGGAGAAGGGCAUGUGCGUGCCGUUCCAGUACGGCGGCUGCCGCGGCAACCGGAACAACUUCAUCUCGGAGCAGGACUGCAUGGACACCUGCAGGGUCGUGCUCGGUGGCGCAGCCCCCGCGCCCCCCAGCCCCGCGUCGCCCCCGCGCCCCGCGGCCUCCCCCGGCUACCCCGCGCUCAGCCUCAACAGCAUCCAGCCACCACCCACACUUAAUGGUUCGUCGCGCGACUGCGAGGUGGGUCCGUGGGGCGAGUGGGGCCGCUGCAGCGUCUCGUGCGGCGUGGGCUACCAGGAGCGCACGAGGGCUGUGCUGAGGCCGGCGAGCCCCGGCGGAGCGCCGUGCCCGGAGCGGCUGUCGCGGCGGCGGCGGUGCGCGCGGCACUGCUGACCCCGGGACCUGCUGCCUGAAGACACCCCCACCCUCUAGAGGUCCUUGAAGGAGUCAUACACUUGUGACAACAAUAUCACAGUGCCAGCAUGGAUAGA